GGUUCCCCUCCUCCGCCAUCCCAACCACCAAUACUGGAUGGGCGUCUCCAGGCGCAGACGCGAUAUUCAUAGAUACACCUCCUCCAACAUGUGCCGCCCCUCUCUCUCAUUCGUCCUCGAUGCAGACAGUUGUUUCUUACAACCGGAUCCUUUCCUCGACCUGCUCGGAGCCUCAUCGUACUUGCAUGAUUCCUCCCCUCUACGAUCCAAAUAUAGCUCUCUCCACCCUUUGCGAGCUCUUCGAAGUCUCUCAUAUACACCAUCCUCGGCCAAUGUCGCCGUGACUUCCUUCAAGGCAGACCGUUGCCCUCGCUGUUGUCCCUUCACCUCGUCGACAAUCCCCCGUUAGACCCUGCGGAUACUGCUGGACAGUGUUCGCGACCAUUCCCUCGUAAUAAUUAACAGCAGCGCGGUUCACCGGAUCCUAUCCUGUCAUUGCCGUCCUUGAUAUCUGCGUCUUGUCGUUGUUUUCGUGCGCCGAACGAAGAAGACUAUACACCGAAAUCACCCGUUCCCAGCACUAUCAGCAAUGGCCUCUGGAAACGACAAGAAGGCUGCUCCCGCGACGAAGGACUCGCCCUCAACCAAAUCCUCCAAGAUGCACAGACGAUCGAGAUCAGGGUGCUUCACAUGUCGUCUGCGACGCAAGAAGUGUGACGAAGGGAAGCCCAAAUGCAAGGCAUGUAGACACUUGGGCCUUGACUGCGAGUACAAACGACCCCACUGGUGGAGCAACAACGAGACACGGAGGAAGCAGAAAGAGCACAUCAAGACUAUCAUCAAAAGAACAAAGACAAGUGAGAAGAAUACGAGUACUCAAAGUCAAUAUGCUCUGAACAAUGCCGCACAAUCUUACUCGGAGGACUCUCAAGAUGAGUACGAUCCUACCUUCGACCCUUCCUUUGCGACCACUCCAGGCCUCUUCGACCCAUAUGGUCCCAACAUCUACAUGCCUCCCGACACGUACGGGCAAGCAGUACCCUGGGAGGUGGAUGUCAAGACGGAGCGCCACACCUAUGUCAAUGACGAACUCACUCGCCGUGACUCGUCGAUAUCAACCUUUAGCACCUUCUACCCGCCGCCUGCCCAUGCCACGUUGCCGUCGUAUACUGGAGACGACUGGGUCCAGCAAGACAUUUUCGAGAGCCGACAGGACUCCUGGACCGAAGGAGAUUUUGACUUCAACAACCUCGACCUUCCCCACAUCGCGCACCAAUUCGAACCUCAAUGCUCCCUGGUCCAACUCGAGGAUUGCGACCAACCACUGUUCGAGCACUUGCUCCAAAACGUGCUGCCGCUGCUAUUCCCCGUCCUCGAAGCCUACCAGCAUGGAUCAGUUCGCUCGAAUGUGAUAUUGCCUUCGCUGGAAAACAACAAGGCAUACCUCCACUCCUGCCUUCUCGCUGCCGCUACUCACAUGAAGGGCAACAGACAAUUCCCGAACCACACCGCGGACGACGAUGCGAUGCGCCAUAAGCUUGCCUUUGUGACGAUUGUGGUCGAUGCCCUCAAUAGUGAUAGCCAGCACAAUGAAAUGCUCGAUGCGCUGCUCGGAAUGAUCUCGAUGCAAGGCUGUGUCGGGUCGGCUCUGGACCUCGAGAAGGAACUGAUCCCCUGGCACCAGCAUUUCCAGGCCGCCGCGGACAUUGUCCAGAAGCUCAACCUGCCGCAGAACUUGGAGAGCAAUGCCCCGACCGGUGGUCAUCCUCCGUUCAACAUGAGUCUGACCGCGUGGAUCGACAUUCUGGGCUCGACGAUGCUCGGAAAAGCCCCGCGCUUCUCCCACACCUACAGGAACAUGUUCUUCGCCGGCGCGUCGACGGGGCUCGAGAGACUCAUGGGCUGCAACGACUACGUCAUGUACCUCCUGUCGGAGGUGGCGUGUCUCGACUCGCUCAAGGUCGAGGGCAAACUGGACGACUUUGGGAUGUGCAGCCACAUCACGUCGCUGGCGGGCACGCUGGACUCGAUCGAGCCGCAAGAAGCCCCGCAGCUUCCCUUCAACAAGGCCGGCGUGCUGCGACCGAAGCAGCUGACCAAGAACAUCACGGCCGUCUUCCGCAAGGCCGCCCGCGUGUACCUCUGCUCGCUCGUGCCCGAGCACAACCGCUACCAGCCCGCGACCGUCAACCUGAUCUCGCAGAUGGCCGACCUGCUCCACUUCAUCCCCUCGGGCCCCAAUGGAUUCGACCGAUGUCUCGUCUGGCCCAUGCUCAUCUGCGGCGCGAACUCGAUCCCGGCCUCCCCGUUCCGCCGGGUCCUCUCGGAGCGGUGCGACGCGCUGGGCGAAGCUGCCGACCACGGAUCCUUUGGACGCAUGGUGCGCCUGUUGCACGAGGUCUGGAGACGCAACGACGACGUGGUGGUCUCGGCCGGAGUCUGUGAAGCCACCCCCGUGACGGCGGGGAGCCCUGGAGGAUCGAUCUCAACGCCCAUCGCCGCAGCCGCCGCGGCCACCGGAGCCGGAAACCUGGCAGGAGCCUCUUCUUCUUCUUCGUCUUCGACGACCGCGACCGCGACAACAGCAGUACCGAGGAACCAGAACGUCCACUGGCGGGACGUGAUGCAGCAAAACAAAUGGGAUUUUCUCCUGAUCUGAGCGACCCCUUUUCUCUCUCUCCCUUCUCACAAAGUCCAUUGACUGCGAGUUUUACCAUUUGCGGCUCUUGACGUUGUAGAGGCUUCGCUCGGUCUUGAUGGCCGCGCUCCUCUGCCGGGCCGCAAACCGUUUACUCCUGGACACGGGAAACGCGGGAGAGAGGAGAGGGAUGUCCUUGCACCAGGACGACGACAUUCAUUUUUGGGAAAGGACCACGGAAAAAAAAACCCCGACGUUAAUUGUCCUUUAUCAAGUGACAACUAAUUUCUUCCACUCAUUUUGAUGACUACGCCUCCAUUACAUUUGGAGGGGAAGAGUAAUCUUUUCUGGAAAAGGAUUAAUAUUACCACAACCUCUCCCAUAUAUCUGCAUCCUGGUCUGGGUCAAAAAAACCAUCGAACAGCCAAACCUACCAAAAAGUUUUAUUUGCGUUUCCUCGGACAGCAUUGACGACGAUGUUAACGCGGCGUUUUUCGGAAGAAGAAGAAGAAGACAGAUUUUCCCCAUCCCCCAGCAGGUUCUCUGGCUCCGGCAUGGACUGGUCACAGGCGGCGGGCGACGGACGGCGCAGGGCGCAAAAGGUAUCCCCCUUUUUCCAAACCCCGUUAUAUCGCAUGUGUAUUGUACACGUCGGGGAAAACAGGGCGAAAAGGCCAAGGCAGCAUUGCCCUUACACAGAGUCACAGUACAGACAGAGACCAACAACAGAUCUAACGGCCAGGAUAUACCACACAUCCACACAUCAACGGGAUAAACCCCCCACCCCCUCCCUUUUCGUUCUUCUGUUCAGGAAAUGGAUGGAUCCUCACUCUCAUCUUCACAACAGGGGAGAGGGCAGGGAAAAAGGAAGGGUGGGGAAGGGUUUGUCUUGCUUUUAUUUAUAAAAACUAACCCCCCCAUACUCUUCUUACUUACUUAUUUGCUGGCUUAUGAUACCCCCUCUUUUUUUUUCAAUCGUGGAGUUGGCUCAAGAAAGCCAUCUCCACCAAAUCUUAUUUCUGACGAGUCUCCUUUUCGCCUUUUGGGGAAUUUUUGGCCCGGGGGGCGGGGGAGUUUUGGGUUCUUUUUGCCGGCGGGAAGAGGGGUCUCCGGCGCAUGUUUGCAUGAGGCGGGGUGUUUGUUGGGAACGGCCAUGGCUGAUGGGUCGAUGGACAGAUGGGGUGAGACGCGGAAAAGGGUGCCCUCGGCUGGAUGACUGAGCAGUUGGGCUGGGUUUGACAUUGUAAUCGCGUUACAAUGUUGAAGAAGAGAGGACGGCAACGGGGAAGCCCGGGCUCCCGGCGCACAUAUUCAACAAACACAAUUUCCCCGUGAGAAAUCCGCAAGCCAGAAGGGGAUGUUCCCGAGGAGGAAACACCGACACACUUGUGCGAGACGCGUGAUGAGGGGAUUGUGGCAGAGGAGUGUCCAGACGCAGAGAGGCGCGCGCGCGGUAUCCAGGACCGAGGGACGGAGUAUAGCCCCCAGGAAACGACCCGGAGCUGGGCUGGAGCCACGAAGGGUUUUCUUUACGCAUGACCAGGAAGCAAGCGAGCGAGCAAGCAAGCAAGCAAGGGUGAUGACGACCGACGAGAAGGGGCAUUACUGGGCGUUUUAGUUUGCAAGCGUGCAUGCAUUGAAGGACGGGGGAUAGACGGGCGUAUUGAUCACGCAUGAAGAUGCAGAGAUGCCCAAGGUCAAGAAGACACGCUCAAACGUUCACACGCUCACACAAAGAGAGAGAGAGAAAGAGGGAGAGAGAGAUUUACAUAUAGCCCAAAAAAAGGUCAAAGUCCCAUUCCUUGAUCCAGCCCUUGUUUUCCUUGUCCGAGAAAGGAAGGCGGAUGCCGAACUCUGCUUGUAAGGCGAUAUGAUGCCAAAGCCAGGCGAGGCAAGGCACGGGAUGCUGUUCUGUGGGCAGACUGGAGC